GGGUCUGCGCAGGCGCCGAGUGAGCUCUCAGGUUUCUGGGGGUUGUGCGGUCCAGAAGUCGGCGUCGGUGGCGGGGGUGGGAAGGAAAGAAAACCGAUUUCGCCGAUGGAUUCGUACGAUAUAAUCACCAACCAGCCCGUCGUAAUCGAUAACGGUUCAGGGGUUGUCAAAGCUGGAUUUGCUGGUGAUCAAAUACCCAAGUACUGUUUCCCCAAUUAUGUGGGACGACCAAAGCACGUUCGAGUGAUGGCCGGAGCGUUGGAGGGCGAUCUGUUCAUUGGACCCAAAGCUGAGGAGCACCGAGGUUUGCUCUCAAUCCGUUAUCCCAUGGAACACGGCAUUGUGCAAGACUGGAAUGACAUGGAGAGAAUCUGGCAGUAUGUUUACGGCAAGGACCAACUGCAGACCUUCUCUGAGGAACAUCCAGUGCUCCUCACAGAAGCUCCAUUAAAUCCAAGCAAAAACCGGGAGAGGGCAGCGGAGGUGUUUUUUGAGUCAUUUAACGCCCCUGCACUUUUCAUUUCAAUGCAAGCUGUUCUGAGUCUAUAUGCCACAGGCCGGACCACAGGCGUAGUGCUUGAUGCGGGGGAUGGUGUCACUCACGCUGUCCCAAUCUACGAGGGCUUUGCCAUGCCGCACUCAAUCAUGAGGGUGGAUGUAGCUGGUAGGGAUGUAUCCCGCUACCUGCGCCUGCUUCUCAGGAAAGAAGGGUACGACUUCCACACAACUGCAGAAUUUGAGGUUGUCAAAACAAUAAAAGAGCGGGCCUGUUACCUUUCUAUAAACCCACAGAAAGAUGAGACGUUAGAGACUGAGAAAGCACAGUACACCCUACCUGACGGGAGCACUUUAGAGGUGGGACCUGCCCGAUUCCGAGCCCCAGAGUUGCUCUUUAAGCCUGACCUGAUCGGAGACGAGAGUGAAGGAAUACAUGAAGUGCUGGCCUUUGCUAUUCAGAAGUCAGACAUGGACCUGCGCAGGACGUUAUUCUGCAAUAUUGUCCUCUCUGGAGGUUCCACCCUGUUCAAAGGUUUUGGUGACCGGUUACUCAGUGAGGUGAAGAAGCUGGCUCCGAAAGACGUGAAAAUAAAGAUCUCCGCACCACAGGAAAGACUGUACUCCACGUGGAUCGGUGGAUCGAUCCUCGCUUCCUUGGAUACAUUUAAGAAAAUGUGGGUGUCAAAGAAAGAGUAUGAGGAGGACGGGACGCGUGCAAUCCACCGGAAGACAUUUUAACGUUGCUGGAACCAUGUGAAGUUGGCGUGCUGCUGUGUAAGCUUCGUCUCCUAUCUGUACAACAUAACCAUGCAGAAUGAGUAAUGGACAAGUAAUAUGAGAAUUUUUGAUGUACGCAAAGAGAAGGUUUGGACACCACUUAUCAAAACAAACUUGCCCUAUCUACCCCCUUCAGGAUUUGUGUAUAUUGAAUGUUCCAUUUUGAUUUCACUGCUGUGGGGGAGAAUUUUAGGCCAAUACUUGGCAUUGGUUUCAACCUUGUCAACGUUAUCUGCAUUUGUUCAAUGAAGGAAAUUAUGUAAUUUAACAUGUUUGACCCCUGCUCUAACCGCCCCCCCCUCCUCCUCCUCCUCCCCCUACCAAUUUUGUAAAUGCACAAGGGCAUGAGUAGAUUGCUGUUCAGAAGAUCUUCUUAUUAACAGCUUGGCUGGGAGUGCAAGCAGGAAAUGGAAAACUGCUGGGACCAGAGUUGUGUGUCCAUGGGCAUUCCCGCCUACAGAGAAGGCUCAGCUAAGUAUUUUGUGGUUCCUUUCUCUGCUUGCUGUGAACAGCACUACACAUGUUAAGUGCUGUGAGCAGCAAAUGGUUAACAUGUUAAACACAGGAUCAAGCACUUUACUUGCAGGGGCUGGGGAGGGAACGUGGUGGCAGUCUGAGGACCACUUGACUAUCGUCGCAGAUUUAGUCUCGCACUGAAUAAAAUUAUUGAAGGAAUAUUUCAUAACUGAUAAUCAUUAUUACUAUUACAGUGUAAAUAACUAGUUGAUUUCCUGGAAAAACUAAUGGGUUUUAAAUUCUCCCUGUCGUCUUCUUCCCCCCCGCCCCCCCAACUCUUACCUGAAAUAUUUAAGGAAUUGAUUCCUGAUUAUGUAAUAACUGUUCUUCAUUAGGAAGAGAAAACCAUUUUGUUUCCAAUUGGGAAAUUUAAAAAUUGAACUGACAUAUUGCUCACAAACCAGGCUACUUAGGAGCAGUUUCAGUGGUUAAAUACAGCUACCCAGCUUCAGUUUAAUACUUACCUUUGGGAACUGCAUUUGGUGGAAAAACUGACAUCCAAUAAAUUGCUUGUGAGAGAUUAGUUCUGUAGCUUAAAAAGGGAGAUUUGGUUUGGAGUGGUUGCUAUGCUGAACGUGUUUGUGAAGCAGUAUUGCACUGGGAUCUAAUGGGGCUUGGACUUAAAUCUGCAGCACUUGUAAUGUGGUCCUAUCUCCCCUCUACUUGUUGCCCUUGACUAGCUUGCUGCUUCAACGUACCUCCCCACUUGUGGCCUAUCAGUUAUUGAUGUUGCCUGCGAUGGGAAUCGGCACAUAACAGCACAGUACAGGCAAAAGCUGUUCCCGCCAGCUGUUGGUGCAAGGACUUCAGGGCACAGAUUUGAGGUUUUGGGCAUGAGAUGCAGGGAGGAUGUGACGGACAACUUUAUUCCACAUUGAGCGUUAUGGAGAUGGAACUCUCUGCCUACAAGGUUGGUGGAAGUGGAGACUGGAUGAUUUCAAAAAGAAAUUAUACAAGCAUUUGAGACAAGUGAAGUUGUAGGAUGACUGGCAUAGAUUAGGGGAAUUUGAGUGAUAGAUUUCUCUACAGGCAUGGACUCAGUUGGCUGAAUGGCCUCCUGUGCCACAAUGAUUAUGACCCUAUGACAUGGAAAUCUUUGCAUGGUAUUGGGAGGCUGGGUUAUCAUAGUUUCCAUGCAGGAGGGUGAACCUCAGCUAAAAUAACUGCUACAAAGGCAGAAGCAGACCGCUGGAAACGCUGGCAAUCUGAAGUAAAAUGGAAUAUGAUGGAAACACUGAGCAAGUCAGGCAGUAUCUGGAGAGAGAAUUAGUGUUAACCUUUCAGGUCAAUCUUUCGUGAGAAUGGGAAAAAGUUGGCAAUGUAACAGGUUUUCAGGAAGUGCAGAGGCAGGGAAAGGGGUGGGGGAGCCAAGAAUGAAAAGUAAACUCUCGAGAUAGGUUAAAAGGCAGGGAGAGUAAGUGACUCGAGGAAUGAUGGUUCAGUACAACAAGAGGGUGGGAAUGGGACAAGUAAAUAAUCAAAGGGUAGAGAGGGGCUGUAAACAGUAGAAUCAUUCCCAGCAGUUGCUUUCAGGAAAAAUGGAGAGCAGUAGUAUGAGCCGAAAUUGUUGGACUCGAGUUUGGAAGCCCAAGGCCCUCACGAAAAGACAUAGUGUUGUUCCUCAAGCUUCAUUGGAGCAGUGUCAGAGGAGACUAAACACGUUGGGUGACCGGCCUGCAGAACACUUCUCUUUUAGUCUGCAAGCAUGACCCUGAACUUCUGGUUGCCUGUCUUUUUAAUGCUCCACCCCGCUCCUACUUGGACUUCUUUGUCCUCAGCCUCCUCCACUUUUCUAACGAAGAUAAAUGUGAGCUUUAGGAACAAAGGCAUUUGACAGUCUUCAUAAUUCAACGAGUUGGACACCAAUUUCAGAUCACAAUUUCUGCCCCCAGUUUUUAGGACGACAGGUGUCAAUGACUGUUAUGCUCUUACUUUUCGCUCCUCCAGUGGACCCAUCUUUUUUUCCCGUUGGCCCAGUACCAUUUCCCUUUGCCAUGCACCAUCAUCCCUUUUAUUAUUUAAUCUUUUCUGUCAUCUAUUCUAUCACAGUUCUUCCCUUUUGUCCUUCAUCUGCACCGCACCUCCUCCCAACUCACCUUUGCCUGCUUACAACCGGUUACCUCUCAAAUGUUUACCAGUUGUGAUGAUAGGGAAUAGGCCUGAAACCUCACUCUCUUUCUCUUUCCAGAAACUGUCGGACUGGCUGAGUUUUUCCAGCAUUUUAUGUUUUCACUGCCAGGCGUUCAUGUCGCAAAUUCUUUUAUCUUACAGUCAGUGAUGUCCACAUGGCUGCUACUCACAGUGGCACAAUUGAAACCUGUAGCUCACCAUGUGGCAAAGUACAGGCUGAGGGCCCACAUUCCAUCACUCUGGUGCAGCACACUGUGGCAUUGUUGGGGUUCUGUGAUAAGGGGUUGCUUGGGAUUUUGACUCUCUGCACCUUGUUACUAACUAACCCUGCUGAUACUAACUAACCCUGCCUGAUGGCAUGCCAUGCAGGAGAGAUCCACAAGUUACUUAGACGAUUUAGUCAAUGUUUCAUACAGAGUAAGCGUUCAAGUAAAUUAGAAACCCCAGCAUUUAUUUGUGGCCUUUGAGCUGCCUUUCUGCCCCCUGUAACCAGGGGUGGGUGUAUUUUAUUUUGAAUGGAAGUUUGUCUCGUAAAGAUAAUUUGGGUUGUUGUCCUUUAUUCUGUGUCACUUGCCAAUCUUGGGUCGGCCCCCCCAUUCUCAGGAGCCACGACUGGAUUCUGCUGACUCUUGGAGGGCUCCCCUUCAGGAAGCUCUCCCUCGCCUUGGCAGCCACAAGGCGCCUCACUAUAGCUGAGCGGUGAUGAGUGAGCACGACAAUCCAGAGGCUGCAGUAAGAAGUUCCAUGAGCUGGGAGCAACAAACAAUGCAACAUAAGGUAAUCUUAGGCAUGGAGCCUGCUUGCCAUUUUUGCACCAAUCUUAUUGUAAAGAUUGAAUAAGUAUUGGCAUGCCGCCUUAUUGUUUCCCUUCACUUCAAUCCAUGAGACAGUGCUCCGUCAGUUUUUGUCCUAAGAGUCUUAAGUCUUCAAAUUUACUUGAGGCUGAUUUUCAAGUUUGAGAAAGUACUUGGUAAAGGUGAUCACUUGUCCUUCCAGCUCUUUACCCAGCUAAUGCACACAACAGGCAACUCUUGAUGGUCUUGUCCUUAAUAGUGGCCCUCUAUAGGUUGGCAAUUCAUUGAGCCUGAGGGCUUUAAUCCAUGAGAAUUUGGCAGGUAUCUGCCAUAUCCACCCUUGCGAACCACUGGCAUGAGACCAUAAGAUACAGGAGCAGAAGUAGGCCAUUCGGCCCAUCAAGUCUGAUCUGCCAUUCAAUGAGAUCAUGGCUGAUCCAAUAAUCCUCAACUCCACUUUCCUGCCUUUUUCCCCCUAACCCUUGAUUCCCUUACUGAGUAAAUAUCUGUCUAUCUCAGCCUUGAAUAUACAUAACAACCCAGCCUCUACAGCCCUCUGCGGUAAAGAAUUCCACAGAUUCACUACCCUCUGAGACAAGAAAUUCUUCCUCAUCUCUAUCUUAAAUAGGCAAACCCUUACUCUGAGGUUAUGCACUCUGGUCCUAGACUUUCUCAGAAGGGGAAACAACCUCUGUCUCUCAUGAGAUAGUUGCUUGCAUUGGUUUGUUGACCAGAUGGUUGGGUUAAACUCGAUGGCUUCAGGAACUUAGCGCAUUGCAUACCAGGGGGUGGCACUCGCUUUGUGGAUUGCGCAGUGCAACAGUUGGGAUUCUUUACUCUGUUUCCUUGACUUGCACCUCCAUUUAAACUGGCUAAUGCCAACUUAGAAAGCUGAGAGUAAAAGCCAGGUGUCCACGCCAGUUCUAUUCAGCGUGCCGUACAUAUGAAAAGGUGUCAGGUGUCAUAGUCGAUCUCAACUGCGGUUUCAGAGUGAGUUACCAAUAAGCUCAGCAGUUCUUGGCUUGGUGGGAAAAUUCAUGUAGGGCUCUCACUCCUGAUCAGAAUCUUUGGAUGAUCCCCUCAACUCCCCGCCCCCACCCCCAGCAUGAGCAUUGGGCAGAGAACAAGGUUGGCUGUGAUGUGUUCCGAAGAGCCUACCGAUACUCGCUGUCAGACUCGCAGAUGGAGAAUGGGCUAUUGGCAAUGUACCAGAGGUCUCCUUGAAAGCACAUGUGAGCAUGAUGUGUCUCUGAAGCAUGAAUUGGGGUAAGAGUUAUGUGACGUAGCACGAAAAGUAGUUUUAAAUCAACUUGCAGAGAAGUUAACGGUCUGUUGAAGAAUUCUGAUUCCUGUCAUUUUGCCUCCCUCUGCCAAGCAUUUCAGAAUAUGUCGGUACUGCAGUGCCUUUAACCUUGUUCAAAGAGGUGUGGAAAGUCUGGGAAUUAAACUGGCACCAGUAAGGUUUACCUCACAUGUAUUUAAAAUAAUAUAAAUAAAAAGCAUUUAAAUGAGA